ACAAGCCACCCCCCCCCCCGACCCCCACCUCCACCCAGUGACAAUGUGCAUGGGUGGGGGCAGAGGUGGAUUGCUAAAUGCACCAAUAAAUGUGUGGACUCUUUUGACCAUCUGCCUACUUGCGCGUUUGAAGUUCGUCCUCAGUGCAGGUCAACAGAGCAAGAACAUAACAUGGCAGCAUUCCUCCACCACUGCCCCUUCCUCAAGUCGGCCACGAAACCAGCUUUAAGGAGAUCAAGCCCAUUGCUGUCCCUGGCCAACCAGUGUCCCAUCAUCGCACGUCAGAUCAGCGUCUGCAAGUCAGCCGCCUUGGAGGCCAAGCUGAGCGGCUCCUCGGCCGGUCUCGACUGUCGCCAGCUUCCCACGCUGGAGCAAAAGAGGACCUUUGCUCAAACAGCUCCUCAGGUGGCAGAGCCGGCAGUGUCCAAGCUUUGCCCUUUCGUCACCUCUCGCAUUGGAAUGGUCCAAGCCAGCCCUGAAGUGCAAGAGGAUGUCAGAGAGGGUAUGAUCUCUCUGUUGAAGGAUUUAAAAGAGUCCAUUUUCCCAAAAUCACCUCAAGACAUCACCGUCAGUCACCUUUUCAAAGACAACAUGGCUGGGCCCAGCUAUGAUUACGACUACUUCUUCUCUGAAAAGAUCGCCGAGAAGAAAAAGGACCACACUUACAGAAUCUUUAAGACGGUAAAUCGGAGCGCCGGCUCAUUUCCCUACGCUGAGGAUUACUCUUUGUCCGACCGCGAGGGCUCCCGAGUGUCUGUGUGGUGCAGCAACGACUACCUGGGGAUGAGUCGGCACCCGCGGGUCCUCAGUGCCAUCAGUGAGGCCCUGUGCAAACACGGUGCAGGAGCGGGAGGCACCAGGAACAUCUCAGGUACCAGUAACAUCCACGCGACUCUGGAGAAGGAGCUGGCCCAGCUCCAUCGGAAGGACGCCGCUCUGGUCUUCUCUUCCUGCUUUGUGGCAAAUGACUCCACCCUCUUCACUUUGGCCAGAAUGCUGCCAGGCUGCGAGAUCUACUCGGAUGCCGGCAACCACGCCUCAAUGAUUCAGGGCAUCAGGAACAGCGGAUCCAAGCGCUUCAUCUUUCGCCACAACGACAGUCGACACCUGGAGGAGCUUUUGCAGCGCUCGGACCCAAAGACGCCCAAAAUAGUCGCCUUUGAGACAGUGCAUUCAAUGGACGGAGGCAUUUGUCCAUUAGAGGAACUGUGCGAUGUUUCUCAUCGUUACGGAGCUUUGACGUUUGUUGACGAGGUUCACGCCGUCGGCCUGUAUGGAGCCCAUGGAGCCGGAGUUGGGGAGAGGGACAGCGUCAUGCACAAGAUUGACAUUGUGUCUGGGACUUUAGGCAAGGCCUACGGCUGUGUGGGAGGCUACAUCGCCAGCAGCGCCGCCCUGGUGGACACAGUGCGAUCCUUCGCGGCUGGCUUCAUCUUCACCACCGCCCUGCCCCCCAUGGUGCUGGCCGGAGCCCUGGAGUCCGUGCGGGUCCUUAGGGGCCCCGAGGGGCAGUCCCUGCGCAGAGCCCACCAAAGGAACGUCAAACACAUGAGGCAGCUGCUCAUGGAUAAGGGCCUGCCUGUGGUCCACUGUCCUAGCCACAUCAUCCCCAUACGGGUGGGCAAUGCAGAGCUGAACACCAAGGUGUGCGACACCCUGCUGGAAAGACACAACAUCUAUGUGCAGGCCAUCAACUACCCCACAGUGCCUCGCGGAGAAGAGUUGCUGCGCCUGGCUCCGUCUCCUCAUCAUCAGCCCGCCAUGAUGGAGUACUUUGUGGAGAAACUGGUGGACGUGUGGCAGGAGGUGGGGCUCGAGCUCAGCAACCCCGCGGCAGUUUCCUGCACCUUCUGUGACCGCCCUUUGCAUUUUGACCUCAUGAGUGAAUGGGAGAAGUCCUACUUUGGCAACAUGGAGCCCCACUACAUUACUGUGUCUGCCUAGAGGACAUGGGAUUUUACCAGCAGUACUUCAAAUGAACUUGAAACACAUCUUGCUUUCUAUGUACCGAGAAGAAUAUCAGUGUUAUCCUUCGUCAGAGAUAGAAAAUCCAGGCCCAGAAAGUGAAAAACUGUAUCAGUUUGGCUUUGGCUGCAAGUACUUUUACUCUUCCGGCAGGUUGAUGAGCUGAGUGGAAGCACUUGUGGCCAAAGCCGAACUGGCAGGGUUUUUCCCCGUUCUGCACCCGGAUUUCCCCAUUUCUGACCUUCUUACAUAUAUCAACAUUUAAGAUUGUAUACUUUAUACGUUGCAUAUAUGACUGCUUGCUGGUUACCGGUAUGGAUAUAAUGGGAAUCGUGACUCCUUUAAUUUAAAAGUGUAAUAUCCUGCACAUUGGACACUUUCUUAUUUAGAUGUGUUGGUUUGAAGCAAACAAUGCUGUGUGACUUCCUUCUUAUUGUGUGAUAGAAUCAAUCUGUUUGGCUUCCACAUCUAGAAACAAAUCAGCCUACAUGCUUAGAUCGAGGGCUUAUGGAUGCAGUUCAAUUCAGGAAUAAAUUAAAAGCUGCAGCAAAUAUCUCUAAUAA